AUGAAACUAGAGGCAUGGCAUUUCUCAUUGCCCAUCAUUCCAUUAUUGAUCCUUCUUCACCUCUGGGCCGUACCUUUCACCAAGGUUGAAGAAUCUUUCAACAUCCAAGCCACACACGAUUUUCUUGCAUAUGGCCUGUCAUACAACAACGCGGUCGCAAAGAUCGAUGCCUUCUACGACCAUGUCCGCUUUCCAGGCGCUGUCCCACGGACCUUCAUUGGAGCUUUAGCGCUGGCUGGUAUCUCGAACCCAUUCGUGCAGAUCUUUGAUCUGGAUUUACCGGCUCAGCAAAUGCUAGCACGAGGUGUUCUGGGUUUUCUUAAUGCCGCUGCACUCUCUUUCUAUAUCGUUGGUGUAAGACGAGCUUACGGCAAAGAGACGGCCUUGUGGCUCAUCGGGCUCCAGGCGAGCCAAUUCCACAUCACGUUCUAUGCCUCAAGGACCCUGCCAAAUAUGUUUGCUUUUGCUAUGACUACAUUUGCUCUUCGAUUUACACUUCCGGAACCAGCUCCGUCUUUGGCGCCUAUCAAACGAAGCAAGCUUGCACUGUACAUGAUGACAAUAGUCACCAUAAUCUUUCGCUCGGAAGUCGCCCUUCUACUCCUUGGCCACUGCCUUCAAACCCUCAUCCGAUCCUCCAGCUCGAUCAAUCAAGUCGUCUCAACAAUACGUAACGUUCUGCUGCCCUCCGUCCUCACGGCCACCGUCGCCGGUCUUGCCCUCACCGUCUCGAUCGACACCUUCAUCUGGCGGUCCCCGCGCCUACUUUGGCCCGAAGCCGCGGCCUUCUUGUCCAACGUAUUUCCAUCUCCUGGUUCGCAAGGAGCUUCGGCCUGGGGCACCUCGAGCUGGCAUUGGUACCUCAGUUCCGCCCUCCCACGCCUUACCAGCACACCCCUUCUAGCAAUCCUCCCGAUCUACAUCUUCCACCCUACCGCCAUCCACCGCCAAGUCCUCGCCCUACUUCUUCCCGCCUUCGUCUAUCUGGGACUCUACUCCCUUCUUCCGCACAAAGAGACUCGCUUCCUUUUCCCCAUUCUCCCCACCGUCAACACCGCCCUCGCCCUUGUAGCGACCCACAUCACGCAGCGCACCUCACGCACCACGGUCUACCGGUUUCUCGCACCGAUCCUCGUCUUCACCACUCUCCUCUCCUUGCUCGCCUCGCACCUCAUCCUCCUUCCCCUCUCCGCUCUCACCUAUCCGGGCGGCCAUGCUCUCGGCAUUGUGCACGCACACGCCGCGUCGGCUCAGCCGCAGCCCGAACUACACGUUCAUCUCACGAACUUGGCCCUGCAGACGGGUGUGACGCAUUUCUUGGAAAAGCCGCUGAGGCACUCUGGGCAGACGAGAUGGGUAUACGACAAGUCGGAUAAUUCAUCCGGCAAGUACACGGAGAAGAAGUUUUGGAAUAGAUUUGAUUAUGUGGUGGUGGAGGACGAGGAGACGGUGCCGGUAUGGCCCGAUAUGCGCUUUCAGACUGUUGGGCAGGUGAUGGGUUUGGGGAGACCGAGACUUGUGACUGGAGCUAGGGGAGGUGAGACGGAUGGGGUGGUGAUGUUACUCGGUAGGAUGUACGGUGAGAAUUUGCUGGGAAGGGCAGCGGCUGGCAUCUAUAAAGUGGCGAAGCAGCUUGGGAUCGGUGUGACGCGUGGAAGAUGGCUUGCCUGGCAACAUGAUCCGGCUUUGGUGGUGCUAAAGAGGAGUCACGAUGUGGUAGAAGAGGUGGACACAAGAGGUGUGCAAGAAGCCGGCAUGCGGUAG